AUGGCAGAACCACGUGAAAGAACCUUCAUCAUGGUGAAACCGGACGGCGUGCAACGAGGUCUCGUCGGUACCAUCAUGGAACGCUUCGAAAAGAAAGGUUUUAAACUAGUGGCGCUUAAAUUCGUUUGGCCAUCAGAAGAUCUUUUACAGAAACACUACAGUGACCUCUCCGAGCGUCCCUUCUUCCCCGGUCUAGUUAAAUACAUGAGCUCCGGACCAGUUGUACCCAUGGUGUGGGAAGGCCUUAACGUUGUCAAAACUGGACGUCAAAUGCUUGGUGCUACAAACCCAGCCGAUUCCUUACCUGGAACAAUCCGCGGGGACCUCUGCAUUCAGGUCGGACGUAACAUCAUCCAUGGUUCUGACAGCGUCGAGUCAGCUAACAAAGAAAUUGCUCUCUGGUUUACUGAAAAAGAACUCGUCGGAUGGACUCCCGCUGCUGAAAACUGGAUUUACGAAUAA